AUGGAAAGAGGUUGGCUCCAGGGGGAGGGAUUCCUUCUCUGCCUCAUUCUCUACCUGCUGCUUCAAGAAAGAGGAGACACCUUCGCCAUCAAUUGCUCAGGGUUUGACCAACAUGGGGUGGAUCCUGCUGCCUUCCAAGCGUUGUUUGCCAGAAAGGCCUUCCUUCCAGUCACUAACAACAACGACCCUACUCAUGUCAACAUCUCCUUCACCCUGUCUGCCAUCCUGGAAGUGAAUGCACAGCUUCAACUGAUGACAUCAUUCCUGUGGCUAAAUAUGAUCUGGUACAAUCCAUUCAUCAGGUGGAACCCAGAGGAAUGUGGGGGCAUCAGGAAGCUCAGCAUAGCAACUGAGAACCUGUGGCUUCCAGACAUCUUCAUCAAGGAGUUCAUGAAUGUGGAUCACACACCUGUAAGGCUCAUGGCUUAUGUCAGUAGUGAAGGACACAUCAGAUAUGAUAAGCCAAUGAAGGUGACCAGCAUCUGUAACCUGGACAUCUUCUAUUUCCCCUUUGAUGAACAAAACUGCACGCUCACCUUCAGCUCUUUCAUCUACACAGUGGAGAAUAUGAUCCUGGGCAUGGAGAAGGAAGUGUGGGAGAUUUCAAACACAUCACAGAACCUCAUUCAGAACAAGGGAGAGUGGAUGCUUCUGGAUAUCCACCAGAGAAUGGUGAAGAUGACUGUGGGCACCAACCAGUACAACCAAAUCAUUUUCUAUGUUGCCAUCAGGCGCAGGCCCAGCCUCUAUGUCAUAAACCUUUUGGUGCCCAGUAGCUUUCUGAUUGCCAUCGAUGCCGUCAGCUUCUACCUGCCAGCAGAAAGCGGGAAUCGUGCCCCAUUCAAGAUGACACUUCUGCUGGGCUACAAUGUCUUCCUGCUCAUGAUGAAUGAUUUACUCCCGGACACUGGCACUCCCCUCAUCAGUGUCUACUUUGCUCUGUGUCUGUCCCUAAUGGUGCUCAGCCUCCUAGAGACCAUCUUCAUCACUUACCUGCUGCACCUGGUCACCACCCAGCCCCUACCCAUGCCCCAGUGGCUCAAUUCCCUGCUUCUGCACUGUACCGGUCCAAGGAAAGGCUGUCCCACUGCACCCCAGAAGGGAAACAAGGGCCUGGGUCUCACCCCCGCCCACUUGCCUGGUCUGAAGGAGCCCAUGACGUUGGUAGGGAAGGUGCCAGGUCCCCAAGAGGCAGGGUUAAAUGGGUGCCCUGAGUCAACAAGGACCUGGCAGGAAGACGAAGCUCAGAAGCAGCACUUGGUCAGCCUGUGGGUGCAGUUCAGUCAUAUGAUGGACACCCUACUGUUCCGCCUCUACCUGCUCUUCAUGGCCACCUCCAUCAUCACAGUCAUCAUCCUCUGGAACACCUAG